AGAAAUGGGCAACGAAUCCUUCCUAACUGAGGUUGCAGACACACAUCUGGACGUACUCUUCCAAGUGCACCCAUCGGACAGGGAGCUCCCAAGCUUAAUGAGAAUGCGCACCUUUGAAAGAGUGGAAAUGGACAGAAUAGUAGAAACAUCAAUAUCAGGAGAAAGGCUAAAGAAGGAGCGGACGGCACCUGAAGUGUGGCAGGCACGGUUCAAGGAAGCGUACCAAACAAAGUACAAACACCACAUAAAGAUCUUCACGGAUGCAUCAAAAACGUCUACCGGAACGGCCAUAGCGGUAUACGAUGAAGCAGACUCGGACAACAUCACGGAGAGCAUCAACUCGAACUUUUCAAUCACGAACGCUGAACUACUCGGCAUUUUAAAAGCACUGGAACUCAUCAAAACAAAAGGAUACAGGAAAGCGGUCAUUUUCACGGACUCAAUGAGUGCGUGUGUGAUGAUACGAAAUGGACGAGCAGUGGACAACAACUAUCUCAUAGGAGAGAUAUACAAGGAGUUCCUGAACAACGCGGAAAGUGCGAUCAAGAUACAAUGGAUACCGAGCCAUAUGGGAAUCCAUGGGAACGAAAUCGCCGAUCAGCUGGCAGUGGCCAAAACACAGCACAAACAAUCGGACUACCAAGGAGUAACUGCUGGAGACGCGCUCGUCCUGAGCGCGAAAAAUACGUGGGAAGAUUGGAACCGGAAGUACAAGGAAGUGUCGAAAGACAAAGGAAGAUGGCACUACCAAUUGAUGGAGAAACCAGGGAAACGGAUAUGGAGUAAGGAGCUCAUACUAAACCCAAAAGAAGUGAAAAUUCUAAACAGAAUUAGAAAUGGACAUUGUAUGAUGAAAGAAAGGAAGGCGAAAUGGGGUUGGGAAGAAGACGAAUUGUGUGAAUGGUGUGAAGAAACCGAAAAUCUGAAACACAUAAUCUACGAGUGCCCACAAUACAACCUAAGUCGAAGUCAGUUUCCGGCAUUGGAGUAUAUGAAACCCUUAGAAGUGAUUCUACAAGAAGGCUGUGAAGAAGAAAUGAAGCAAAUAGUAAAGUUUUUGGAAGAGAACAACAUUCACAUAUAAAAAGACAACUAAACAUGUAACAAACACACAACUAAACAUGUAACGAAAAGACAACAGUACACCCAGGGGCGAGAUGGA